AUGUCUUUCUCCAGCCAUUUCGAGAAGAAAGUCAACGAGGAGAUGACGCACGAGGACAGCCAGCCCGGACGAGCGCCUGCGGAGAUGGAAGAUGCAGACAUGGCGCUGAAGAAGAAUGGCUAUCCUUCCUCACAACUCAACGACCACGAAUGCCAUGAUAAGAAAGAUUAUCCACCACGCUUCUCCACCUUGUUUGGUGUCGCGCCUCCUGCACCACCUCCGCCGCCACCUCACACGCCGCGCGAAUACGUGCGAGAGCAUUACCCGGAGCCCAAGAAGAGAUCUGGCAUUCAUAUGCCACUUGCUCUCUUCGUUGUGCUUAUGAUCACACUCUUCUUCGAAAGCACCAUCAUCUUCGCGUACACCAUCAUCGGCCUCUACAACAACGCCCCAGCUCGACUCUUCCCAUGGGCAGGCCAAGGCUCUGCUGUCGCCGCAGUUUGUGACAGCAGUCAGCAGCAGCCCGCGAUCAACAUCGCCCCCAACUUCAUUAUCCCUGGUCAAGCUGGCGCAGAGCAGCAGCAUAUCACGACCGAGCUCGUCACCAUCACCGCCACACCAUCCACCUCUCCCACUACGACUUCCACCUCCACAACCAACGCUUCCUCGCAAGCAGCAGCCAUGGCAUCAGAUAUCGCUGGUAUACUGGGAAGUCUAGGACUCGGAGGAGCCUCUUCGACUACUUCCAGCUCUAUCGCGUUCGUCACCGUCAAGCCUACGCAAAGCACUGUCACGAGUGUGACGGUCAUUACGGAAACUCCACCGGGGCCGACUCUCACGCAGACGACUUUUGUGGAUGCGCCGAAGGGUACUGCGAGUUCGACGACGUCGCAGGAGGAGAUUGUUAUUCGGCCUACUACGCUUUCGUCUUCGGCCUAG